AAGCUGUUUGUCCAGUUUCGCUGGUUUGACUUUCACCAGUGAGCUCAGAGCCGAGUUUGCGCUUGUCAUGUGGUGCUUUUGAAGCUCGUCGAUCCGCGGGGGGUGCUUCCAUACCGGCCCAGAUGCGCGAGACCUUCCCCCCCCUCCCCGGAGCGUGUGACUAAGGGUUCCCACUGCGGAGUCACGGUGGGAUUUUUUUCCACCCCCCAGUGUGUUAGCGGGUAAGGAAGAAGGCGGCAGGUGCACCCGGGAAAGGACAGGGCAAAGCGGGGAGGAAGUGGCGGAGGUGGAGGGCGGCCCUCGCGGGGAGGAAAUCAACUGGUUGGCUUCUCCCAUUAGCAUGCGUGUCGAGUCCCCACGUCCUGCCUGAGCCGCCGAGUCUCCUCCUGCGCCUGCCGACCGAGUGACUCCUCGGCCCGGUAGGAGGGAGGACGCGGAGCCGACGGGACUCUUCCCCCUUUACAACGACCCACUUCCGUUCCGUUCUUUCACGGAAGGAAGAAUGAUGGGCUUUUUGCGUCGGACGUUCAGCCGCCGCUCGAGAAGCCGCUUCCAGGCGAGAGAUGGGGACGAGCGGGACGGUACGACCGGAGGAGGGAACCCCCUGCUCAUGGCCCACCAGCAGCAGGUCGUCCACGCGCCCGCCGUGGUCACCGGGGGGGCGGCUGUCCACAUACCGGCUGCUGGGAACGCGAAGACCGCCAUCACCUGCCGGGUUCUGCUGCUGGACGGUUCGGAUGUCAGCGUGGAUUUGUCCAGCAAAAGCAAAGGCCAGGACCUUUUUGACCAAAUCAUGUAUCACAUAGAUCUGGUGGAGGCGGAUUACUUUGGACUGCAGUACAUGGACACCGACCAAGUCUCGCACUGGUUGGAUAUGUCCAAACAAAUCAAGAAACAGAUCAGAGAUGGUUCGCCAUUCCGACUCUUCUUCCGAGUGAAAUUUUACUCAUCAGAGCCAAAUAACCUGCGUGAGGAAUUCACAAGGUAUCUGUUUGUGCUGCAGCUUCGACAGGACAUUUUGUCUGGCAAAUUGAAAUGUCCAUACGAUGUCUCAGUAGAGCUGGCCGCCUAUUGUUUGCAAAGCGAGCUGGGGGACUGCGAUCCCUUGGAUCACUCCCCCGAACUGGUCUCGGAAUUCCGCUUCACCCCCAAGCAGAGCGAGGCCAUGGAGGCGGACAUCUUCAGCAGGUGGCUGGAUCUCAGGGGGAAGAGUCCAACUCAAGCCGAGAUCUCCUUCCUCAACAAAUGCAAGUGGCUGGAGCUCUACGGCGUCGAUAUGCACUUUGUUAAGGGGAGAGACGGUUGUGACUACGCACUUGGUCUCACUCCUACUGGCAUCUUGGUGUUUGAGGGAUCCAAUAAAAUCGGGCUCUUCUUUUGGCCAAAAAUCACACGUCUGGACUUCAAAAAGAGUCGACUCACUCUGGUGGUGGUAGAAGAUGACGAUCAGGGCCGAGAGCAGGAGCACACGUUUGUGUUCCAGCUGGACAGCGCCAAGAGUUGCAAGCACGUGUGGAAGUGCGCGGUGGAGAGCCACGCCUUCUUCCGGCUACGCCAGCCCACCACGGGCAAGCCGGGCCGGAGCGACUUCACUCGACUGGGCUCUCGCUUCCGAUUCAGUGGUAAAACGGAGUACCAGGCGACUCACGGAAGCCGCCUGAGGAGAGCCAGCACCUUCGAGAGGCGGCCGAGCAAACGAUACCCCUCCCGCACGCAGUCGCUGGGCAAAGUCUCUGCCAUUUCUCCAGCCAAGCCUCCACGCAUCAGCCCUGAUCCCAGCCUACAUGGAUACCAACACAACAUCCCGAUGGCGGGUCAUGAGGCAUGGCGCCCGUCCCACCCCGCCUACACACCCUCCGUUUACCUGCAGCCCGCCGGACACACGGCGUCGCACAGCUUCCCUCUGAGCGCUCCAGCCUCCGACCAUCAGCUCAGCGCGGAAGAGAACGAGACGUCGUAUUCGGGAAAGGUCCGUCGCCGGCGCCACACGCACAGCCAGGACACGCUCUGCCACACACACAACAAAAGCAAGUGUCAAGCUUCACCCUGUCACAGAGACAAGUUGGACAUGUCUCCGUCGUUCUGCAAGCCGGUGGAAUCAGACAGCGAAUGUCCUGCCUGGCCUUCACUCUGCAUCAACAUGGACAACAAGGCAGAAGAGAAGCAGCUCUCUGAAAAAUCUCUCCACCCCUCUACCGCCUCCUCCCCGGCCCUGCUUCGAGACCACCUCAAGUGUAACAUUCUGAAGGCCCAGAUGGAGGCGGCUUUCAGGAAGGACGCUUCAGUGAGUCCAAGAAGAAUGAACUCGCAUGUGACUCUCAAGGACAGGUAUCAGAACUCCUCUCAAGAUUCAUCUGCGUCCAGUUUGCCUGCAGACAAAAUGUCCCCGAGACCGGAUGGGCGUUUUACGUCCGAUAGUCUUCAUCCUAAUUCGGGCUCGUGCACCAACCGCAGAAAACGUCUGGUCAGACAGUUCAGCUUUAACCAUGAAGAUGAAGACAACCUCCCAGAAGCUCUUGCAGCCAUCUCCUUCGAAAGCACAGCCAAGUCGGGCUCCACGACUUCACUGGACAAACAGAUCCAGCCCUCCAUUUACCCGCAGGUGGACUAUGUGCCAAAACUGGAAGUGGCUAGUCCAUGCUGUGUGUCCCCUUUACCUUCUCCCCACCGCUCUCCUUCGUGCUACUGUAGUCCCCUCCCUCACUUGGUCCCUUACCUUGCAGCCCACCAUGACAGUGGAGAAGAAGUGAAGCUGGACCGAGAGAAGAUCCUGAGGGCCCUCUUGAUGACUGAGCUCUGAGAGCGUGUCCCUUGUGGAAGCCAAAGACCCAAAAGCGUCGGGUGCAACUCCACAUUUGUGCAUUUUAGUUUCUUUCAUAUUUUGCAUUAUGAAUCCAUAAUGGGAAAAUAUCAGUAUUUAUUGUAUAUUGACGGUAGAGUCCACACCCACAAAUGUUAAAAAAAAAGAAAAAAAAAAGAUUCUUUCAAAACUCUUUCCACCAUGAAUGUAAACACAGGAAGUAAAAAUAACUGGUUGCACAAGUGUACACACCCUCCUAUAACUGGAAUCAGAAUGAACACGUGGCGUUCGAAGUCAUGUUAUCCGGGAGUCGGCACACACCUACACACAUUUAUUUUUGAUGUCACCUAAAACUGGUAUUUGAACAGGGGUGUGUCGACUUUUUAUAGCCACUGUAUUUGCACAGAGGUCGUUAUAUUUGCUGAAAAGGUUUGUACUUGCCCAACUGACACUAAAUGAGGGAAUCCAAAGAGGAUUUAAGCAACAGAUGGGACUGGUGCUGCCAGCAUGAAGGGGGACAGUGUUGAGAUUUUUGUCGGGUAUUUUUCAACAACUUGAAUGUAACUUUGAACGUAUCAAUCCAGCUCAAGAUUUGUCUACUGGACAAAAGUAUUGGGACACCUAGCUAUCACACCGCUAUAUUUGUUCCGGUUUGUCCCAAUGACUUCUUUAAACUAAUCCAAGCAUGCCUUUUUUUUCGAAUGAACCUCACUUUCCGGACUGGAGUACAGUCAAGAAAAAUAACCGACAACUCAUAAAAGAACUUUCCAAACUUGUUCCAGCUUUUGAAUGGUUUUAGGAUUUCACAGUACUUUCCAAUAUCUUGGUGGAUAAUUUAAAUCACGAGGAAUCGAAGGACAAGCCUUUUUGUGCAGAUUGUGUUGCAUGCUCUUUUAAGCAACAAAGUGUAAACUUGUUCCUUUACAUAUUUUGUUUUCUUCUCUCAGAGAGACAAAUGUAUUGCAUUAUUUGUUGUUUUGUUGAUUAGGAAAUUGAAGGAAUAAAUUGUUAUUAACUUGGA